UGCGUGGUAUUUAAACGUCAAGAUGGCGCGUCUGUGUUCCAUGGCGCCGCGACGCUCAGUUGACGCGUGACCGUUCCUGAAGAAUGGGUGUACUCGGGUUCACAUUAUGCGUUUUCCUGAUUGGCAUUGUGUUGCUGCACAAGGCAGACAUGAAUGGUCCGAAGGAGAUACCGUUCAGAAGCGAGAAAUACUAUCAUACGUCGAGCCAGCUGACGAUCGAACAGAUCGCCAGGUUGUCCGACCUCACGAAUAUCACGCACAUGAACGAGAUUCUGGAUAACAUAUGUGUCGUCAGGAUCGUAGGGACUCCCGGACACACGAAUGUCAAAAAUUAUAUAAAGAGGUCAAUGAGUGCUCUUGGUUGGACAGUGGAGUCGGACUCAUUCGAAGCUAAUACUCCACUGUUUGGCAAAUUAGAAUUUGAAAAUAUAAUAGUCAGAUUAAAUCCUAAUGCCAGAAGAUACUUAGUGCUGGCUUGUCACUAUGAUUCCAAGUAUACGAGGGAGAGAAAUUUUGUUGGGGCGACAGAUAGCGCUAUACCAUGUGCUCAAAUGAUUAAUUUGGCUACUGUCAUGAACAAUUCUUUACAGAUUAUUAAAGAGCAAGAUAUCAGUCUGAUGUUUAUUUUCUUUGAUGGAGAAGAAGCUUUUGAGGAAUGGGGUCCAGAUGACUCUAUUUACGGUGCCAAGCAUUUAGCUAAAAAAUGGCAUAAUAAGAGGACUGUUAAUGGCAGAGGAGAUCAUAUCAAUGAGUUGGAUAAAAUGGAUAUGUUAAUCCUUCUUGACCUAAUCGGUGCGCCAGAUCCGGCUUUCUACAGUUACUUUGAAAACACCAAGAAAUGGUACUCAUUGUUAAUUAAUAUCGAGGAGAAAUUGGCUGAUUUGAGAAAAUUAGAAUCGUAUUCGUACGGUAAACGGGAGCAAAAGUAUUUUCAACCAUAUUCGUUCGACUCACAUAUCGAAGACGACCAUAUCCCUUUUAUGAGAAGAAACGUGCCCAUUCUACACAUAAUACCGAGCCCUUUUCCGUCCUUCUGGCACAAAGAAGGUGACAACCGAGGAAAUAUUGAUUUGAAAACUACCGAAAAUAUUAACAAGAUUCUUAGAACAUUCGUGGCAGCUUACUUACAUGUAUUAUCUACCUAACACUAAGAUACAGAGAAAAAGAAGAAACAAAGACAAAAAGAUAUGUACGAUGUGAUACCGGCCUGGUGUUUAAUUUAUAUUGCGAUUUAAAGAUUGUAUAUACACAAUAUCAAGAGAAUUUAUUGAAGUGCAUAUAACGCAUAAGCUCACAAGACAUGACAUAUCCGUCGAACUUGUUUGAAUCUCAGGUAGCAUAAAUAUUUAGAAAGCUAAAAGUAUAUUUCAGCUGAAUUAGAAAUGAGUCUUUCAUCGUUGUUCUUAUAUUUUUAAAAUUUUCUGGUAUAUAUUUUGCUACCUGUUUUACUUGAUCAAAAAUUGUGAUAUAUUAAUGUACUUUUUUUCAUACAUAUAUAUUAAGCCCAAUUCUUUU